AGCGCAGAGGGCAGGUUCAAGCGGGGGGCGGCCGCGCCUCCUGGGGCGCGCCUCUCAUGGACGACCGCCCCCUGCAGCUGGCGCGACUCCGAGGGGGGCAGACGGGCAGACGGCGGCGCGCACGGGGAACGACGAGCGCCCCAGCAGGACGAGCGCCGAGCGGAUGAGCUGACGGCCGCGGCCGCGAGCACUCUGGCGAGCGGUCACAGCAGCGCGAGGUCCACGGACAGCAGCCUCCCGAGCUCUGCGAUGCUCGAGCCCUCGCGGCUCGGGCGCGCCGCAGCGGGCCCGCCGGAGCCGGAGGAGCUGUGCCACAGGCAGUGGAGCACGAGCUGCUUCAGCGGCGCGGACCCGCAGGAGGCGGGGUCCUGGGGCUAUAGCCCCCGCGACGGGCCGGCCGGGGCGGCGCCGGGCGGCCCGCCAGUGCUCCGGCGGUCGCUCUCGGUCCGGCGGCGAGAGAUGCGCGUCUCCGCGAGGAUCCGCCGCGCCGAGGAUGAUGGGUCC